CAAUCAAAACGAAGCCCGGCCCACUUACGAGUGAAGAAUCCCCUAAAAGCGGCCAAGCACCGGCCUUACCAUUUGUUCACUCUUCAGCUUUCUGAGCCGAAUCCCGUUCUCCUUGUUCCUUGGUCUGCCGCCGUCCUCCUUCCUCUCUCCCUCUACACAGCCGAGCAGUCUACGUGUAUCUUCACCGGAAAACGGGGGAGUAACGCCGGGAAAUCAACCCAACUCAGUUUUGGUUGUUUGAAACCACCGACACACUCUUCGUUGGUUGCCCCCUUCCCGUUCUCUAACUUCUGCCGAACACGCACGGCUACUGCGCUCAACUGCUUGCCACAACCAAUUCUGGUGGGCGCCCAUCGCGUUCUGGCGAGUUAAACCCUCCUAUAUUUUCGGAUUAUCGUGAGAUUUAAGGGGGAAGUGGAAGUGAGUUUGUGGAAUAGUAUCACACGUUGCAAGAUAGUUGAUAAUUUUCUCCUAAAACACAGUGACCAACUUGAUGGAGGACUGGGAGGAAGAGCAAAUUCCACCUCUCUUGGCAAAGGAUCAACCUAACUACAAAUGGGAUGAUGAAGAUGUGGAUGACAACGAUGUGAAGGAAUCAUGGGAAGACGAUGAAGAAUCUACAUCGGCACCUGAAGUAAAACCUCCAGCUGAAAAGGCCCCAAAGAAACCCACGGUAAAAGCUACUGAAAAGAAGGGGAAAACAGUUGAAGUGGUAAAUGAAGAGCCACUAGAUCCUGUGGCUGAGAAACUUCGCCAACAAAGGCUGGUGGAAGAAGCAGAUUAUAGCUCCACUAAGGAACUGUUCAGUAAGAGAGGUGAUGAGAAGACCCUUGAUAAUUUUAUUCCCAAAUCAGAAAGUGACUUCUUGGAAUAUGCGGAGCUCAUUUCACAUAAGCUGCGCUCACAUGAGAAAAGUUUCCAUUAUAUUGGUUUACUCAAGGCUGUAAUGAGACUAUCAAUGACUGCUUUGAAAGCAGCAGAUGCAAAAGAAGUCUCAUCUUCUGUUUCAGCAAUUGCAAAUGAAAAGCUAAAAGCAGAGAAGGAGGCGAAUGCUGGAAAAAAGAAAUCAGGCUUGAAGAAAAAGCAGAUUAAUGUUGACAGGCCAGACGAUGAGUUGGCUGUUAAUGCCUAUGAAGCUCUCGAUGACUAUGAUUUCAUGUGAGUAUCGCAGUUAGUUCCAUCCAAAGAAUUGGGAUUUCAGCAUAUGGAACAGUGUAGUAGGGAUAAGAUCCUCCGGCAUUUCCCUCCCCAGAGAUUAAAGAGUGCUAUUGCUGUAUCUUGUUUAAUAAGAGAAUGUUUCAGAUUGCCAUUUAUUUGUCAUGGUAAAUUUUGUUUGUUUUGGAUACCAGAUCUACAUUUGUCUGCAUACAAAUGUUGUGCUUUGCAUGAGUCGGUCUAAGAUACACCCUGUCUCAAAUAAAGUUUCUAUUUAUUGAGAUUUUUCGUUGAAA